GUGAGAGAAGCCACAGCAGUGAGGCGGAGCAGCAGCAGGAACAGUGGCACAGGAGGAUUUAACUGCAGCGUGUUAAUUUGUAUCUGAGGUUGUGAUGUUAGAGGGGAGGCCCGAUCAGAAAGCACUGGUCCGUAGAGAGAGAGAGAGAGACGCAAAAAGGAGUCGGGUUUCAAGUUUGCGAGGGCCCCAAGAGUACGGACGCACUGAAGCUGCCUUUGUUUGACUGGGAACCAGAGAGAGAGAGAGAGAGAGAGAGAGAGAGAGAGAGAGGCAGAGAGAGAGAGAGAGAGCAAAGAGAGCAAAGAGGAGGAGAGAUUUUAGUUUGGAGUAAGUGGUGAGAGAGAGUCAGAGCAGGCUCCAUCUCUCUCUCUCACUCUCACUCUACCUUACUGUCAAACAGGGCCAGUUUAGUUUGGAUCUAAUCUCACUCACCACUACCUGAAAAUGUCCUCACGCAGCAGCAGCAGCAGAAUUCCUGCCUGGUUCUGUGGAUUACUCCUGCUCAUUGUCCGGUUCUGCUGCCAUCACUCCUCUGCCUAUCAGCUGCUGGACGAACGUGACUCUCAGGGAAACUUGGACCUCACGGAGCUGAUCGGCGUCCCCCUCCCUCCAUCCGUCUCCUUCGUCGCGGGUUUCGCGGGUUACCCCGCCUACAGCUUCGGACCAGACGCCAACGUGGGCCGCCUCACCAAGUCCUUCAUCCCCGACCCGUUCUACGACGAGUUCGCCAUCGUGGUCAUAGCCAAACCUACGACGCGACACGGUGGCGUGCUGUUCGCCAUCACAGACGCUUAUCAGAAAAUCGUACACUUGGGUGUCGCUCUGUCAGAAGUGGAGGAUGGAUCCCAGAGGGUUGUGCUGUACUACACUGACCCAGGAACGACAAGUGGGACACGAGAAGCUGCUUCUUUUAAGAUGGGAGACCUGACGGGAAGAUGGGCGAGGUUUACACUGACCGUACAGGGGUCAGAGGUUCGUCUCUACAUGGACUGUGAGGAAUAUCACCGCGUGGCCUUCACCAGGAGCCCACGACCUCUGACCUUUGAGGCCAGCUCGGGCAUCUUCGUGGGAAACGCCGGGGGCACGGGCCUGACGCGGUUUGUGGGCUCCAUCCAGCAGCUGGUGCUGAAGUCAGAUCCCACGGCCCCAGAUGACCAGUGUGAGGAGGACGAUCCUUAUGCCUCUGGAUAUGGGAGCGGUGACGACACGUUUGAGGACAUGGAAGAAGGAGAGGAAGUGAAGAAAGUCGUGGAGGAGAUGCCCCUCCCAGAGCUGGACUCCAUCUACAGCGUGCCGGUCCAAUCUCCACCCACCGAGAUGUCAGUCAGCAGCAGCAGCAGCAACGUCAACGAUGAUGAGGACGACAGAGAUAUUCAGGAGUUGUCGGGUGAAGGAGAGGAGACGACGACGAUGACAGCACACACCACCACCUCUGCGUCAUCUCACCCUCUGGCACCGACUCAGUCAUCAGUUUUGGACAAUGUGAGGCAGUACGGGGAGCCAGGAGAUCCCGGUCCAGCUGGACCACCGGGGCCCCCCGGCCCACCAGGACCGGCCUCUGCAGACGGGGAGCCAGGACCAAGGGGGCCACAAGGGCCACAGGGACCUGCAGGUCCAGCUGGAGCACCAGGCAGAGACGGACAGCCCGGAAACGACGGUAAACCUGGUUUACAGGGCAAACCUGGAGUUCCAGGAUUCCCAGGGCUCCAGGGCGAGCCAGGACUUAAGGGAGAAAAGGGUGAUCCAGGUUUUGGAUUACCCGGUCCUCCAGGACCUCCUGGACUUCCAGGUGGACUUGGCAAGUCUGCGAUUUUCAUGGAGGGCUCAGGAUUUGAUGACUUUGACACUGACGCAGAGUUAAUGAGGGGGCCUCCGGGGCCUCCUGGACAACCAGGAAAACCAGGGCUCCCUGGAAUCUCGUCUUCUGGAGACAUCAUUCCCGGACCACCUGGGGCUCCCGGCAAAGACGGGGCGCAUGGACCGAUGGGAGAACCUGGACUCCCCGGAGUCGAUGGCAGAGAUGGAGAUCCAGGUCCUGCUGGGGCCAAGGGAGACAAGGGAGCUGACGGUGUCAGCGGUCAACCAGGACCAAAGGGAGAUCAGGGUCGUCCAGGUUUCCCGGGUCUUUCAGGCGCUGACGGUGCAGAGGGACAGCCGGGGCCCCGAGGUCCACCGGGCCCCCCCGGGCCUCCAGGACGAGGCUUCACAAUGGAUUUUGAGGACUUGGAAGGAUCUGCAAUGUCCGGUGGUUUUGAAGGUCCACUCUCCACAGGACCACAGGGUCCUCCAGGAAUUCCAGGACUGAAGGGUAAAGACGGUGUCGAUGGUUCUCCGGGGAAGCCGGGUGAAAAGGGGGAGGCAGGUAUGAUUGGGCGGCCAGGCUUUCCAGGACUGGACGGACUACAAGGAGCGGAGGGACCAAAAGGGGACAAAGGUGAACCAGGAAAACAGGGCGAGAAGGGACGGGACGCAGUCGGUCUUCCCGGACCGCCUGGUCCACCGGGACCUGUCAUCAACCUCCAGAAGCUUCUUCUCAACGAUACAGAUGGUGCCUACAACUUCUCAGGGAUUUUCGAAGCUCAGGGAAUUGCUGGAGUACAAGGUCCAAAGGGUGACACUGGGAUACCAGGUGUUCAUGGACGUCCAGGUCUGAAAGGUGAAAAGGGUGAGCCAGGAUUGAUGUUGUCAGCAGAUAUGCCCAUGCUGUCAGGUGGUCCCAAAGGAGUCAAGGGAGAUAACGGUGUAUCAGGACCCCCUGGCAUUCAAGGACCUGUGGGACCUCCAGGACCAAAAGGAGAGUUUGGUUUUCCUGGAAGACCUGGUCGUGCAGGCGAAAUGGGACCAAAAGGAGAAAGAGGAGACUCCACAGGUCUGCAGGGACCUCCUGGUCCUCCAGGACUGCCAGGCCGUCCAGGAAUGUUCAACUGCCCCAAAGGAACAGUUUUCCCCAUUCCUCCCAGACCCCACUGCAAAAUGCCUAUGUGCUCGAGGACCCCGCCGUCAUAUUCCUGCACGCUUCACUUCCAGUCGGGAAAGGUGAAGGCUCGGUGCCACAAACCGAACGAGCUUAAUCCCAAUGGAACCAUUGCAGCUGGUAACUGUCAGACAGGACCGAAAGGAGAAAAAGGAGACCGGGGCCUUCCCGGCUUACCUGCUCCACCACAUCCAUACUUAACCAGAGGAUCAAUGGGCACCAAAGGAGAAAAGGGAAGCAAGGGGGAGGCCGGUUUGCUAGGGUCACCAGGGAUCCCGGGGAGACCAGGACCAGUGGGUCCCAAAGGAGACUCGAGGCUCGGUCCUCCAGGCAGACCUGGGCAGCCAGGACCACCGGGCACCCCCGGUUAUGGGAGACCAGGCGUCAUGGGUCAUCCUGGGCCACCAGGGCCUCCCGGACCACCCUCACCUUACGGUUCAGCUCUGACCAUCGCGGGCCCUGCAGGACCUCCUGGUCCACCUGGACCUCCUGGAUCUUCAGGCGACUCAGCAUCUUUGAAAACAUUUCCCACCCGUGACGGUAUGAUGCAGCACACGGUCCGGGACGCAGAGGGAACGCUGGCGUACGUCAUGGAAACGGGAAGUCUCUUCCUCAAGGUUUCCCAGGGAUGGAAGGAGAUCCAGCUCGGCAGUCUGAUCUACCUCUCCAGUAACAUCAUACCACAAGACGAGCCUCGAGUUGCAUAUCAAAUCAGAGGAGACACGAUGGAAAGAGUGACUUCGGUUAAAGAGAGGCUCAACCUAGUGGCUUUGAACCAGCCCCACUCGGGCGACAUGAUGGGGCUCGACAUGGCUGACCGCAUGUGCUAUGAGCAGGCCAAGGCGAUGGGUUUGGCGCCCAACUACCGCGCCUUUGUUUCCUCCCACAGGCAGGACCUGGUCCACGUGGUCUCCCAUGGUUUCCGCGACGUGCUGCCAGUGACCAACCUCAGGGGAGAUGUGAUGUUCAGGAACUGGCGGUCGAUCUUCACCGGAGACGGUGGACCGAUUAAUGCCAGGAUACCCAUCUACUCCUUCGAUGGCCGAGAUGUUUUAGCCGACCCCUUCUGGCCUCAGAAGAGCAUCUGGCACGGCUCCAACGGCAGGGGUCUGCGGGUGGUGGACAAACACUGCGAGACGUGGCGGACGGAUCACGUGUCCGUCAUGGGCCAGUCGUCCAGCCUGACCUCGGGUCUGCUCGUGGGCCAGCAGACGCGGAGCUGCUCCAACGAGUUCAUCGUCCUCUGCGUCGAGACCCACAAAUCCCCUUAAAUCCUUUCCUACCUUUCACCACUCGUCGGCCACCUUAGACCUUACCUUGUCAAACACUCUGGGAAUAGCUGUGUCUUUUCCUCGUCAUUUCCAACACGUCGUAGGUGCUUUGUGCAGCGUUUUUGUGGUUUUGAAAACACAGAUGUCCACGUUUUAAAGGUCCAGUGUGUGAGUAGUGGUGAAAAUCCAGAUUGCAACAAGCGGAGGACCUUUCCCUUCACUUGGUUUGUAGAAUAUUACAUUUCUACUCAAUAAACCCUCGUAAAUAUUACACACUGGACCUUUUGACUCCUUUCCCUUAUGCACAGAGGGUGUCAUUGUGUCAUUCUGAUUUUUUUACUGUAUUCUUUCUAAAUGAGGAUCUCUAAGCCAACAUUUUCGAGAUGGUAGCUUUCUGUCCUGAGCCUCUCCUAUGAGAUGAGCGUGAACAGACGGACAGAUAGAUAUGAUCCGAGGGAAACGCCCCCACUUCCUCAUUCUCCUCCUCUGAAAUGCGCCGCUCAUGUCGACAGGCGUUUGUUGUCCGACUCUCUUUCUGCUACUUUUGCCCCUUUUUCAUCGCGGGCUGAGAGUUUAUCGCAUUCACAUCAGAAACAGUUUAUAUUUUUGCCUUAAAUAUAAUGACUUUUAGACAUUUUCCCCCAAACAAUACAUAGAGAACAGCCAAUAGAAGACUAAAGAGAGCCUUGAGGUGUGGAAGUGUUGGAAAAAUCUCACCCACCCCAGCUUUUAGGCAGGAACAGCAGCAAAGAUGUAAUCUAAGAGAAUAAUCUCACAUUUUCUAAACAAAUGCAACAUAUAUAUAUAUAUAUAUAUAUAUUUUUUUUAUAUAUAUAUAUAUAUAUAUAUAUAUAUAUAUAUACACAGUAGAGAUUCAAGGCAGUAGUGCAUGUGGUAAUUAUUUAUUAAUAAAGUGGACUCGCGACAAGAAUCAAAACCACACAAAAUGGCUGCACACAGUCGACCCCAGGUGUGCUGAGGAUGAGGCGUCUCUUUUUUUUUACUUUACUUUAAAAUUGUCUUUUUAUUCUUCAAAAGACUGAAACAUGGAGACGCCGAGGACACACACACACACACACACACCCGUCCUGAAAUAAUAUAUGGCAGUUGUUUUUUGACUGUUUUGUUUAGCGAAAGCAUCAAAGGCUACACUUUUAUCGUUGUGUUUGUUUUACAGGUUGUAAAAUGAAAAAAUGUGUUGAAGUCACUGCAAUGCAAUUCAGGAGACGUUGACUCCGUGUUUUUUUCCCCACAAAGUCUGGAUAGAUUUUCACAAACUUCCAGUGUUUUCCACCAAAGUCAUUUUUCUUGCACUGUACUUCAAUCUUGUUCCCGAUUUUCAUUGUUGACCUCUGUGAUCUUACUUUUAAAAAAGAAAAAAUUUAAUAGCAGCUCUAUCUCUCUCUUAAUUAUGCUAUUUAAUUUAAAAAUCCAGUGAUUUAUUUAUGCCGUCACAGCACAUAACAAGAAAUCAAAAAUGAUUCAAUUCAAGAAUGUAUUUAUCGUUCGUCGUUUUUGGUUUUUCCUCCUCGUCCUCCUCACUUAUUUGCCUUUCCUUCUUUUUCCGCAUAGAUUUAUAAGUUUACAACUCUUCAAGAAAAUGUUAAAAAAAAACAGCAAAACAUUAUUUCCAAGACACAUGAUUUCCAUGGGCAAAAGUGAGAGCACAUGUUUUUGUAUAAAUGUUGGUGCUUUGUUGAAUAAAAAGUUGUUUUCUUAACA